AUGUCGUCUGCCAGAAACAUGGCCAAGGCGAUGUACCUGGAGCAUUAUUUAGACAGUCUGGAAUCUCUGCCUGCAGAAAUGCAGCGGAAUUUCAAUCUCAUGAAAGAUUUGGACCAGCGAUCUCAAGAUCUAAUGAAGAAAAUUGAUAAAGCAGCCACUGAUUAUCUCAACAAAGUACGCCAUAUGUCACCCGAGAAAAGAACCAACCAGCUCAACCAGAUUGAGUCCAUGUUUGGCAAGAGUCGAGAAUAUGGAGACGAUAAAGUGUCACUUGCUAUGCAGACGUAUGAGAUGGUGGACAAGCAUAUAAGAAAGCUGGAUGCAGAACUGGCCAGGUUUGAAGCAGAUUUGAAGGACAAGAGUUCUGGCAGACGUAAGGAAAUGCCAGAAGGGAAAACAGCUGCCAAAAAAAGUGAGUGUAUCUCUGUUAGUGACGCUUGUCAGCACUUAUGCUGUUUUUGUGAUGGCUGGCUUUACUUUUUGAGCUAG